UGAAGGGAACCCCACUUCGGAGCCUGGAGCACAGGGCGCGCUCUCCUCCGCCCUGCAGCCUCAGGUAAGGACCCGGACCUUCACUGCUGCCCCAACUGGGGCUCCUCAGCUCGGGGCCUCUAGGGGCUUGGGCUGCUGGUCUGGGUGGAGGCGCAUUGGGGGUGUGGAGGAGCUUGGGUGUGAGCCCCAUACGGGAAGCUCAGGGCAAAGCACCUUGAAACCCUCUCUAGUGAAGGAAGGUAAAACGGCUCCUGGACCCCAGCGGGGGAAAGAGGUGUCCAAGGAGGAGGGCUGGAGAGUGAGGCGGGGAUGGCAGAGGGUAGGCAGAGGCUGAGAAGUGGGACCGGUGUCUCAAGGGGUGCCAGCCUCUUCCUCCGCCCAACAUGGCCACCAUUUUUGUUGGGAUAGCCUGGGGCUCCUGCCAGGGGAACAGCAGAGCAGUGAGGGGGUCAGGACUUAGGGCUGGUGGGGAGGCUGAGAAUCAAGGCUCUGGGGAGUCAGGACUUUCGGGCUGGUGGAGUGGCUGGGGACUGAGGCCCUGUGGGGGUCAGGACUUUGGGCUGCUAUGGAGGCCGGGAUUGAGGCUCUGGGGGGGCUUAGGACCUUGAGCUGGUGGGGAGGCUGGGAAUUGAGGCCCUGGUGUGUUCAAGACCUUGGGCUGGUGGGGAGGCCAGGGCCUGAGGCCCUGGGGGGUCAGGGCCCUGGGCUGUUGGGGAGGCUGGGGGCUUAGGCCCUGGGGGGUCAGGACCUUGGGCUGGUGGGCAGGGUGAAGGGUGGGGACUGAGGCUCUGGGCAGUCAGGACCUCAGGGUUGGGGUAGACUGGAGACCAAGACCUUGGCAGGGGAGCUGUGGCUGCCUCGUUUGGACGCUGGAGGGUGGCUAGCGUGGCUGGGAGCAGCCAGCCAGGGGGUCACAGAACUGAAGGUGAGGCCUCCAGAGGCCCUGGUCUCUACCUGAGUGUCUCUGAAACUGGGGGGAUGGGGUGGAGCCUUUAGGGGGAAGGGAAGAGGGAACUGAAGAGGAAGUGGGGGAGGGAGGUAGAGGAGGCAAGUCUGGCGCCAUGCUGAGUCACCACCCACAGGGCCCAGGGCGGGCCCUCGGGGGGCCCUGGCAGGGUUGAGGGGAUCUUAGGAAGCCACAAGGAGGGCUGAGGGGCUCUUGGAGCAGGAGUCAGGAGGCCCGGGCAACCUGAAGAGUACACGCCGAUGGACAGACAGACAGUGCAGUCACCCAUAAAGUAGAAAGCACUACUAACAGCACUGGAGGGUGUAGUGUUUCCUACUUUAUGGAUGAGUGUACUGUGGGCUUCGGAGAUCACGCCACCGCUGCCGCCCGCUGCCUGCCACCAUCUUCCUUGGCGCUCGGGGACCUCGUGUGACAGGUGAGCACCUUAUGGCCCCUCCCUACCCUGCCCAGAUGCCUGAAAGGCCUCCAUGGCUCUCCCGCCCUUCCUGGUGCUGGACAGCUGGGGAAAGGCCACAGCAGCUCCUCUGCUGCCCUGCAGUCUUUGGGGGUGGGGAGGGCUGGACACGUGGAACCCUGAUGCAGCCGCAGCCGCAAGGACGAGGAAGGGGUGGGAAGCGAUGGUACGUGGAGGGGAAUGGGUGGUGGGACCAGGGACCUAAUGCUAAUAAAGACUGGACUGUGCUUGUCUUUUGUCUGAGACUCUGUUGCUGGGGUGGGGAGCUGAAUGCGGGCGGCAGGCACAUGGACAGUACGGGCACACGGAAGGGCUGGGAGGGAGAUCUCUGUCGCUCCUCUGGAAGAUACGGGUUUGGUCCUGCCUAUGAGAUCAGAAGAGGGCUCUGGACCUGGCCAGGCCAUAGCCGGAGGAGAGAAGGGCCUGGGCCAUCUGCAGAAAUGGGCAGGGAUGUAAAGCAUCCUCUCACCUUCUACCCUAGCUCUGGCCCUAUCCUGCCCCCCACUCACUCUCUACAUGCCCAAACUGAAAGCUGCCUACAUCUAGUUUUAAUCUAAGAAAGUCUAGGGGCUCCUAGGUCAUAUAAAAACUGGGCAAAAUCCACUGUGGCACAUACACAGCAUCUUAGACAAGGGCACAGACACUCAUAUCCAAAGCACACACUGAGAUGCAAAUGCAUUUACACACAGAGGCCUCAUGCAGUGUGCCAGUAACACGCACACAGACACAUGUGACAUGACUGGCAUGACACACACAGGGAUUACACGCACCCAGGACACAUAUAUAUUCAGUAGUACACACAUGCAAUAAUAGAAACAUAGGGCGUGUCUUACACAUAGAAGAGCACACACAUACAGUGACAUUUGCAUAAUAAACACGGUGGCUCCAUACACAUACAUACAUAGAGACACGUUCAUAUAUCAUGAUAAAUAUAGAAUACAUAAAUAGAUACAUGGUGAUAUAUAUAUAAAUCAAACCAUGUCAUUAUGCAUAUUUACAUGACUAUAUGAGCAUGUCAUAUAUUUUGUAACCAAUUACUAUAUUGUGCCAUAUAGUAGCAUCCAUAUCUAUAUAUAUCAUGAUGUGUUGUAAUUUAUAAACUCACGCAAUGACAGCCUCCCAUGCACAUAACAGCACACACAUAGACACAGUGGCAAACAGACAUAGAUGCAAUGACACAGAAACACACAUACAGAUACACCCAAUGUGUUUUUGUUAUGUUUUAUUAUGUGACUCAUAGAUACAUAAUAGCACACACAUAUAUACACACAAUGGCCCCUUCACAUAUACAGAAAUAGAUAAUCUGUCUCUUCUAUAGAUGCAUACUAUACACACGCAUGCGCAUAAUGGCAUGCAUAUAUACUCUGACAUAAACAUCAGCAACACAUCAUGCAGUGGCGUGCGUGUUGACCUACACACUGCUUUAGGGAAGUGAAGAUGUCCACUCCUCCCCAUGCACCCCCUACCUCCAGUUCCAUUGGCUCUUGCCUGGGUGGAGCCCACAGUCAGGGGCUCUAGGGUUCAGUAUCACCGCUGCUAUUCUGUGGGGGUGCCACACGAGGGCCCCCGACCUUGGCUGAAACUGGCUUAUCUAAUGAGUCCCGGUUCAGAGGGGAGAGGGGCUGCCUCUCGGGGCUUCUCCCAACACCCCUGGCUCUGGGGACUCUGUCUAGACUCCUGCCCCUGCAUAUAGGCUGACUCCUGGCUGAGGGGAUUCUCACGUCCUUGUCCCCCAGAUUAUUUAGCAACGAUGUCUAAGGCUAGACAGAAGAUGAACUUCCAGGCAAUUCGGGGCAAAGCCAACCCAACAGGGUAUGUGGGUUUCCCUGGUGGCCUGGGACAGCCAGGUUACCCCACAAUUGCAGUCUGCCAGGAGGAAGCAGAAGCAAUUCUCCGUCUAUUUCUACCUGUCUCUUUGCUUGUCUUCCUGGUUUCUGUCUCUCUCUGUUUCAUCUCAAGUCCCAUCUUUUCUAGUUCUGCCUUCUCUGUGGCUGGAUCUCUGUCAUACUCUCCCCCGUUCUGUCUCCAUCAGUCUCACCCGAUGUGGGGAGGACCAUCUGCACCCCGCUCGCCUCUGUACUCCGGAAGGUGUGAGAAUGUGUGAAGAUGAGGGUGGGAGGCCACAUGUGGGAGCCCUGGGCUGACAUCCCGUGAGAAACCUGCUCUUCCUUCUGUCCCCGACCCUGUCAGCCGGUUCAGCCCACCAGUCCAGCGCCAUCACCAUGGAAACCAGCAGCCGACUUCCUAUUGGUGGGUGGGAGGGGAGGAGGAGGAGGAGGGGAGGGCUGGCUCUUCCCGGCUCACCCCCCCCCCACCCAAUUCUGAGGCUCAGCCCUCCUCGGAGCCCACCAUCUCGAGGCUCCUGGACCGUAAGGGACCCCUGCAGUCCCCAGAGCUGAGGCUAGCAGGGGCUGAGACUAUGAGACAAGCAGCCCAUCGACCCAGGCCUCCUUAGGACCAGCCCAGCCACCCAGCAAGCGAGAGAGCAGCAGCGGAGAGCAGGGCCGGAGAUAAAGGACCACAGAGGACCACUGGGGAUCACCCCCAGCAGCUCCUGAAGCCCCUGGCUGGGCUGAGGGCUUGCGACGGACAGCCAGACCCACAGACACUGACAGACACACAACGACACCGAUGCACACAGCUGCACGGCACUGACACAGUCAGAUACAACCAGGGACAGCAUCACAUACUGCCACAGCCCUGCAAUACAGACACCCACCCACACACACAGAAACAACUGGCAACUCUGAAAUGGGCAGACAGUGACACACAGCACCACCCCCCUCAACACACAGAAGUGGGGGCACCCAUCUUUCCAACACACGAGACAGCAUUGACCUGCACGGACAGACCUGGAGACACACACACGCACCCUCACCCAGGCGCAGCUGUCGGUGGCCUCUGCACAUCCUCCCCACCCCCACGGGGACACCCUCGCUCCUCCACAUACUCACGCACACACACAGCCACCAGCAAACAUAGCUCACAUAACCCUGGCUCCAGCUCCAGCAGCCCUGGCGCCUUCUGCAGCCUCCUUUGUGGGUGGGGAAGAGCUCAGCCAACCUUGGAUGGAGCGUUGGUGAAGCAAGAGCUCAGAGGGGAGAGGGGCUGGCCUGGCAUGACCCUCGCCAGUCCCCCCACCUGGCUGGGUGAUGUCCCCCGGCCCGGGUUCUGGGGCCCCUUGGCAGUACCAUGGAGCAACUGACAACCCUCCCACGGCCUGGAGACCCCGGAGCCAUGGAGCCAUGGGCACUGCCCACCUGGCAGAGCUGGACUCCAGGUCGAGGGGGUGAACCUGGCAGUGCAGCCCCAAGCGUCGCUGAUACUCCUCCGGCAGCUCUGCAGCUUCAAGAACUGAGGUCUGAGGAGAGUUCCAAGCCCAAAGGAGCCGGGAGCUUGCGGCCCGUGGGGGGAACUGACCCUGAAGGAGCAGAGGCUUGUCUGCCCAGCCUGGGCCAGCAAGCAUCGAGCUCUGGACCCGCCUGCCAGAGGCCAGAGGAUGAGGAAGUGGAGGCUUUCCCGAAGGCCAAGCUGAAUAUGAGCUUUGGGGACAGGCCCAAUCUGGAGCUGCUGAGGGCCCUGGGGGAGCUGCGGCAGCGCUGUGCCAUCCUUAAGGAGGAAAAUCAGAUGCUGAGGAAGAGCAGCUUCCCUGAGACGGAAGAGAAGGUGCGGAGGCUGAAGAGGAAGAACGCCGAGCUGGCGGUCAUUGCCAAGCGCCUGGAGGAGAGGGCCCAAAAGCUGCAGGAAACGAACCUGAGGGUGGUGAGUGCCCCCUUGCCCCGGCCGGGGGCCAGCUUGGAGUUGUGUCGGAAGGCCCUAGCCCGCCAGCGAGCCCGGGACCUCAGUGAGACAGCCAGUGCACUGCUGGCCAAGGACAAGCAGAUUGCUGCCUUGCAGCGGGAGUGCAGGGAGCUGCAGGCCAGGCUCACUCUGGUGGGCAAGGAGGGUCCCCAGUGGCUCCACGUGCGGGACUUCGAUCGGCUGCUGCGCGAGUCCCAGCGGGAGGUGCUGCGGCUGCAGAGGCAGAUCGCGCUGCGCAACCAGCGGGAGACGCCCCCGCUCCCGCCGUCCCGGCCCCCGGGCCCUGCUCUCCAGGCCAGAGCAGGGGCGCCGGCUCCCGGGGCCCCGGGCGAGGCCACGCCCCAGGAGGAUGCGGACAACCUACCCGUGAUUCUAGGGGAGCCAGAGAAAGGGCAGAGGGUGCAGCAGCUGGAAUCGGAGCUCAGCAAGAAGCGGAAGAAAUGCGAGAGCCUGGAGCAGGAAGCCCGGAAAAAGCAGAGGCGAUGUGAGGAGCUGGAACUGCAGCUGAGAGAAGCGCAGAAUGAGAAUGCCCGCCUGGUGGAGGAGAAUUCCCGGCUCAGUGGGAGAGCCACAGAGAAGGAGCAGGUGGAGUGGGAGAAUGCGGAGCUGAGGGGCCAGCUCCUGGGGGUGACACAGGAGAGGGACUCAGCCCUUCGCAAGAGCCAGGGCCUGCAGAGCAAGCUGGAGAGCCUGGAGCAAGUGCUGAAGAAAUGGCCAAGUAGGGGCUCUGGCCUUGACUUGGAUCUUGUGUUUCAGCACAUGCGGGAGGUGGCCCAGCGGCGGCAGCAGCUGGAGGUGGAGCAUGAACAGGCUCGGCUCAGCCUACGGGAGAAGCAGGAGGAGGUCCAGAGGCUGCAGCAGGCCCAGGCGGAAGCCAAGAGGGAACAUGAAGGAGCUGUGCAGCUGCUGGAGUCUACCUUGGAUUCCAUGCAGGCCCGGGUUCGAGAGCUUGAGGAACAGUGCCGCAGCCAAACCGAGCAGUUCAGCCUCCUGGCACAGGAACUCCAGGCUUUCCGCCUGCACCCGGGCCCCUUGGAUCUGCUCACAUCUGCCCUGGACUGCGGGAGCCUUAGAGACUGCCCACCACCCCCUUGCUGCUGCUCCACUCCCCAGCCUUGCCGGGGGUCUGACCCCAAAGACCUUGACCUCCCGCCGGGCUCCCCUGGGCGCUGCACCCCAAAGUCUUCCGAGCCUGCCCCUGCCACCCUCACUGGGGUCCCUCGAAGGACAGCCAAGAAGGCAGAGUCUCUCUCCAACUCCUCCCACUCCGAGUCCGUCCACAACAGCCCCAAGUCAUGCCCUACACCUGAGGUGGACACAGCCAGUGAGGUAGAGGAACUGGAGGCAGACAGUGUCUCCUUGCUCCCAGCCACGCCAGAGGGCAGCCGGGGAGGAGCCAGGAUCCAGGUCUUCCUCGCACGUUAUAGCUACAACCCCUUUGAGGGUCCCAAUGAGAAUCCAGAAGCAGAGCUUCCGCUGACAGCUGGCGAGUACAUCUACGUCUAUGGCAACAUGGAUGAGGAUGGCUUUUUUGAAGGAGAGCUCAUGGAUGGCCGAAGGGGCCUGGUGCCUUCCAAUUUUGUAGAGCGUGUAUCGGAUGAUGACCUCCUGACCUCCCUCCCUCCAGAGCUGGCCGAUUUGUCCCACAGCUCAGGUCCUGAACUCAGUUUCCUGAGUGUAGGUGGGGGUGGCAGCAGUAGUGGGGACCAAAGCAGCGGGGGACAGAGCCAGCCCAGACCUGAGGAGGAGGAUGCAGGCGACGAGCUCAGUCUGACCCCAUCACCGGAGGGCCUGGGCGAGCCUUCUGCCGUGCCUUACCCCCGCCGUCUGGUGGUCCUCAAGCAGCUGGCCCAUAGCGUGGUGCUGGCCUGGGAGCCACCUCCUGAGCGAGUGGAGCUACACGGCUUCCAUAUCUGUGUGAAUGGGGAGCUGCGACAGGCCCUGGGGCCUGGGGCGCCACCCAAGGCUGUGCUGGAGAACCUGGACCUGCGGGCUGGGCCCCUUCACAUUUCUGUUCAGGCCCUGACCAGCCGGGGCAGCUCUGACCCACUGCGCUGUUGCUUGGCGGUGGGUGCCCGGGCCAGAGUGGUGCCCAGCCAGCUGCGGGUCCAUCGAUUGACAGCCACAUCUGCUGAGAUCACCUGGGUGCCCGGCAAUAGCAACUUGGCCCAUGCCAUCUACCUCAAUGGGGAAGAGUGCCCACCUGCCAGCCCCAGUACCUACUGGGCCACCUUCUGCCACUUACGGCCUGGCACACCCUAUCAGGCCCAAGUGGAGGCUCAGCUCCCACCCCAAGGGCCCUGGGAACCAGGCUGGGAGAGGCUGGAGCAGCGGGCUGCCACCCUGCAGUUCACCACACUCCCAGCAGGCCCACCUGAUGCCCCUCUGGAUGUGCAGAUCGAGCCUGGGCCCUCCCCUGGGAUCUUGAUCAUCAGUUGGCUCCCAGUCACCAUCGAUGCUGCUGGCACAUCCAAUGGUGUCCGGGUCACAGGCUAUGCCAUCUACGCUGAUGGGCAGAAGAUCAUGGAGGUGGCCUCGCCCACGGCAGGCAGUGUACUGGUGGAGUUGUCCCAGCUGCAGCUGCUGCAGGUGUGUCGUGAGGUGGUCGUGCGCACCAUGUCGCCCCACGGGGAGUCGGCGGACUCCAUCCCGGCUCCUAUCACUCCCGCCCUGGCUCCGGCCAGCCUGCCAGCCCGAGUCUCCUGCACCUCACCGCAACCAAGCCCAGAGGCCAGAGCGCCCCUUGCUUCAGCCUCCCCAGGGCCUGGAGACCCCAGCUCUCCUCUCCAGCACCCUGCUCCCCUCGGAACUCAAGAGCCUCCAGGAGCACCCCCUGCAAGCCCUUACAGAGAGAUGCCAAAAGGGUCCCACGAGGACCCUCCAGCACCUUGCUCCCAGGAGGAGGCUGGGGCAGCAGUGCUGGGCACCUCAGAGGAGAAGACAGCCAGCACAUCCACCCUGGGUGAGAAGGACCCUGGCCCCGCAGCUCCCUCACUGGCCAAGCAGGAGGCCGAGUGGACUGCAGGAGAGGCCUGCCCGGCCUCCAGCUCCACCCAGGGAGCACCAGCCCAGCAGGCGCCGAAUACCGAGACGUGCCAAGGAGGAGACCCAGGGUCUGGGCUGAGGCCCAGGGCUGAGAAGGAGGACACAGCAGAGCUCGGGGUUCAUCUGGUGAACUCCCUCGUGGACCACGGCCGCAACUCAGACCUGUCAGAUAUCCAGGAGGAAGAGGAAGAGGAAGAGGAGGAAGAGGAGGAGGAGGAGGAGGAGCUGAGUUCCAGGACUUGCUCCUUCCAGAAGCAGGUUGCUGGCAACAGCAUCAGGGAGAAUGGGGCCAAGUCCCAGCCCGACCCGUUUUGUGAGACUGACAGCGAUGAGGAGAUCUUGGAGCAGAUCCUGGAGCUGCCCCUCCAGCAGUUCUGCAGCAAGAAGCUCUUUAGUAUCCCAGAAGAGGAGGAGGAGGAAGAGGAGGACGCGGAGGAGGAGAAGCCAGGGGCAGGCUGUUCUUCCCGAGACCCUGGCCCACCUGAACCUGCAUUGCUGGGGCUGGGCUGUGACAGUGGUCAGCCCCGAAGACCUGGCCAGUGGCCCUUGUCUCCUGAGUCCUCCAGGGCUGGAGACUGCCUGGAAGACAUGCCUGGAUUAGUUGGUGGAAGCAGCCGGAGGAGAGGAGGGGGCUCCCCUGAGAAGCCCCCAAGCCGCAGGCGGCCUCCAGAUCCCCGUGAACACUGCAGCCGACUUCUCAGCAACAAUGGGCCCCAGGCCUCUGGACGACCGGGCCCCAUGCGGGAGAGGGGUGGCCUCCCCGUAAUUGAGGGCCCCAGGACUGGACUAGAGGCUAGUGGGAGAGGGCGGCUGGGCCCCUCCCGGAGGUGCUCCCGUGGCCGGGCGCUGGAGCCUGUCCUGGCCAGCUGCCUUUCCCCCAAGUGCUUGGAAAUCAGCAUUGAAUAUGAUUCGGAGGACGAGCAGGAGGCAGGCAGCGGGGGCAUCAGCAUCACCAGCUCCUGCUACCCUGGAGAUGGGGAGGCCUGGGGCACAGCGACUGUAGGAAGGCCCAGGGGGCCUCCGAAGGCCAAUUCAGGCCCCAAACCCUACCCACGCCUCCCAGCCUGGGAAAAAGGGGAGCCAGAGCGGAGAGGCCGCAGUGCGACGGGCAGAGCCAAGGAGCCACUCUCCCGGGCAACAGAGACCGGAGAGGCCAGAGGGCAGGACAGCUCUGGGCGGAGGGGCCCCCAGAAGAGAGGUGUCCGAGUCCCCAGGCCAAGCACUGCAGAGCUAGUCCCUGCGAGGAGCCCCUCAGAAACACUGGCUUACCAGCACCUACCCGUCCGGAUCUUUGUGGCUCUGUUUGACUAUGACCCCGUGUCAAUGUCGCCCAAUCCUGAUGCUGGAGAAGAAGAGCUUCCCUUCCGAGAGGGUCAGAUCCUGAAGGUGUUUGGGGACAAGGAUGCCGAUGGCUUCUACCAGGGCGAAGGUGGGGGCCGGACAGGCUACAUUCCCUGCAACAUGGUGGCUGAGGUGGCUGUGGACAGCCCUGCUGGGAGACAGCAGCUGCUCCAGCGGGGUUAUUUGUCCCCAGAUAUUCUCCUUGAGGGCUCAGGGAAUGGUCCCUUUGUGUACUCCACAGCCCGCACAACUGGGCCUCCUCCCAAGCCCCGCCGCUCCAAGAAAGCUGAGUCGGAAGGUCCUGCCCAGCCCCGUCCAGGCCCCCCUAAGCUGGUCCCCUCGGCUGACCUGAAAGCUCCCCGCUCCAUGGUGGCUGCAUUUGACUACAACCCCCAGGAGAGUUCCCCCAAUAUGGACGUGGAGGCAGAGCUGCCCUUCCGGGCAGGGGACGUCAUUACUGUGUUUGGGGGCAUGGACGAUGACGGUUUCUACUAUGGGGAAUUAAAUGGACAAAGGGGCCUGGUUCCAUCCAACUUCCUGGAGGGCCCUGGGCCUGAGGCAGGCGGCCUGGACAGGGAACCCAGGACACCCCAGGCUGAGAGUCAGGACUGGGGCUGCACCACACAAGGGCCCCCGGGGCCCCCAGGUGGGCCUUGUGCCCCCAGCCCUGGCAGCGCCCCCAGGAUUGAACGUGGGGAGCCCCAGGGCAGAAGCGAGAAGGUGUGGGGUUUCUUCUCCAAGGGGAAGCAGCUCCUCAGGAGGCUGGGCUCUGGGAAGAAGGAGUGAAGCUGUGGCCCAUCCCGCAGGCAGAAGAGGCCCUGAGAGGCCCCCAGAUCACUGUCUCUGCUGAGCAGGGAAGGCCCAGAGCCCCUGUUCUUCUGUGUUAACACUGUGGCAUUCAGAGGGAAUCAAAAAGCCUUGGUGAAGGUCAGAGCUAAAUGGCUCCUUAAGGAUGAACUCUCUAGAGAAGCACCUUCCUCCUACAGGAGGGGAAUCUGAGCCCACAGUGAGUAUGUAACAUGACCAAGGUCACUGAGCCAGGACUGGACCCAGGACUCUCACGUCCUGGUCCACCCACCUCGUCUACCAGUGUCUCACAGUGCUGCGCUAGUCCCUUCUGCCACCCUUCCCAGUCCCAGGACGGGCCCUGGGGGGAGAAAGGAGCCUGUGCCCCCUGAUGGCUCUGGCUGUCCUGAUCAUGUCUUCCCUCCCCUGAAGGAAAGUUUGCACUGGAUUUUCUUGGAGCCCCAUCUCCCCAGCGGGCAGGCGGGCGGAGCCUGUAUAUAUGUACAUACUCAGUGCCUCAGUUCAGCUUCCUCCACCUCGCUUCCACUGCACAGGCCCGGGAAGGAGAAAGGCCAAGCCAAAGUGGGCCCCACCCUGUCCCCGUCGUGCUCCAUCCUUCCCUGACGGGGCCUGCUGGCCCCUGUAUGGUCCCGCACCCAAAGACCCUGGGGCCAGCGGGACCAAAAGCGGAGUUGGGUUUGCCUUAUUUUGCUCAUUGGAUUCAAGUUCUUUUGCAUAGUUUUCUUCUAAGCCCUGUUGGAGUCCAGGGGCUGGAGAAAAGGACAGAUUUAUGCAGCUAUUUUCAUACAUUCCGCGUUCAGAGUGGGGUAGGGGUUCUCCACCGUUACCCGAUCCACUCCAUCCCCCACCCUCUGAGGGUGAGUGUCUCUUUGCAUGUUUCCUUUGCUGUGGUGGGCGAUAGUUUGACUGAAUCCCCACCCCGACCUUGGUCUCCAGGGGUGUGGAAUGGUGGGGGAAUUUGUUUAAAAGACAUUUUAUUAUAAUAAAGUCUAUUUUCACAAAAUCUA